GCACCGCAAAACUCACUGGGUACUCAGUCUUGAUCUGCUUGCUGAUGGUAUACGUGUUUCCGGGAGUGGUCGACAUUUUGACUGACUGGGCCUGGCCGGCGGUUUCCGUCGUCGUCGUCGUCGAGCAGGGCGGGCGCAGGCAAGCGAAUUGAGGUCGUCUGGAUUGGCUCGUUCCUUGAAGCUUGCUGGACCCAAGCCGUUGAAGCUCCAGCAGUGGAUUGAUGCCUGAGGCAAAUAUCAUGUCAACAAGUCUUGGCGGGAAUUCAAUGUGGCUUGUGCGCUGCGGGGCAAGCCACAACCACUUACACUGCUUGACGCGCGACGCGCCAACCAUCUCACAGUCGCGUCUCUUUUAAAUGGUGUUGUCUACCCCCAAACCCAACAACACCAGUUGAAGCAGCAAAAGUUGCAAUAGUCGACCACGAAGUAUCUCACAAUGCCCGCCGCAGCAGGUCCCAGCAAAGUCACCAAUGGCAACAAAAAGGAUAGCGGUGCUUUUGUCGAUAGUUUUCUAGAAGGAUGGAGCGACUUUGACGAGGAAGACCCAUUCGGUUCCCCGAAAGGCGACAAAUCCAAGAAGACCGAUGACAAGAAGACCGACGCCAGUAGUAAAAAGAGAAAAGGGACCGAUGUUCUCGGGUUAGAAACAGAAGUCGACAGGAAGAAAGCUCGUGUUCCCAGAGUCAAGCUUGACGAUGCCCGACUACUAUCAGACAAAGGCAUCCCAUGGCUCCGAAAAAACGCCCAAUCCAGACUAAAGCUCAAAGGCAAAGGCCACGAAUUUUCCGACGCUGCCCGAAUGUUAUCGUUCUACCAGGAAUGGCUUGACGAACUCUUUCCCAAAGCCAGCUUCCUUGACGCAUUGGCAAUGGUGGAAAAGGCUGGACACAAGACAUCGUUGCGGAACGCCAGGAUGAAAUGGAUUGACGAGUUGAAGCCCAGAGGCGAGGGAGAGGAGGGUCCGAACGACGUAGACCCGUUUCCGAUUUACGAACAUGAUAAGACACCAAAAGAUACAGGAAGGAUUGCGCCUGUAUUCGAUAAGGCCAAGGAACGACCGAAGACACCCGAUGGGGAUGAUUUGUUUGGAGGCGAUGACAUCUACAAUGCCACGCCAAGAGCUGCGACCAAGGGGGCUAGGGGUGAAGACGUUCCGGACGAUGAUGAUUUGGAUGCGCUGAUGGCAGAGGCAGAGGCUAACUCUGGGCAGCCACCAAGAAGCAUAUUUGGGAACGGGACAAGUAACAGCACGGCAGCGGCACCACCAAAACCACAGGCGAAUAACAUACCAGAGGAUGACGAUCUGGACGCUCUGAUGGCCGAGGCAGAAGCGGAAACAUUGUCCACUAGACCGAACCAGUCAACCAAGAGCAUACUUGGCGGUGGCAAUUCCAAACCAUCUGCCCCGCAAAGGAAAGAAGUGGAUGACUUUGAUGAUGACGAUUUGGAUGCGCUUAUGGCCGAGGUUGAGGCCCAGCCACCUACGAAGGCACCGAGCGCACCCAAGUCUACGGAGCCUACGAAUGUUAAUGAUGAGGAGGACGAUCUUGACGCUCUGAUGGCAGAAGCAGAGGCAGAGGGAGCGUCUUAUAAGGCUGUUCCUGAAACCCCGAAGGAGGCUGCGGCCAAAAAAGACAUCAGCUUUGACGAUGAUGAGGCGGCAAUGGCAGAGAUGGAUGGGUUGUGGUAA